GCUUUCCUUCUGUUCUGCUUUACUUUUUUGUUUCUUUGUGUUUUCGCAUACAUUGCUUGAUAUUUGUGUAAAGGCAACAACUUCAAGAUCCAAACUCAUCAAGUUCAUUCCUUUGUUUUCUGAAUACUUUCAAGUUUCUGUUUUUGAUGGCUUCUGCGGCGAAUCAGCUAGAAUUUGACUACUUGUUUAAGUUGUUAUUGAUUGGGGAUUCUGGGGUUGGCAAGAGUACUCUACUCUUGAGUUUUACUUCUAAUACUUUUGAGGAGUUGAAUCCUACUAUUGGUGUUGAUUUUAAGAUUAAGUAUGUUACUCUUGGUGGUAAGAAGUUGAAGCUUGCAAUUUGGGACACUGCUGGACAGGAAAGAUUUAGAACACUAACUAGUUCAUAUUAUAGAGGAGCUCAAGGGAUAAUUAUGGUGUAUGAUGUGACACGGCGAGAUACAUUUACAAAUUUAUCUGAUAUUUGGGCAAAAGAAAUUGAUUUGUACUCAACAAAUCAAGAUUGCAUCAAAAUGCUUGUUGGAAACAAAGUUGACAAGGAAAGCGAAAGAGUUGUCACCAAGAAAGAGGGGAUGGACUUUGCUAGGGAAUACGGCUGCCUUUUUCUUGAGUGUAGUGCAAAAACUCGGGUCAAUGUGGAGCAAUGCUUUGAGGAGCUGGUUUUAAAGAUAUUGGAAACGCCAAGUCUCUUAGCUGAAGGGUCAAGUGGUGUGAAAAAGAACAUUUUCACACAAAAUCCUCCGGAGUCUGAUGCUUCAACUGGUUCUUGUUCAUGUUGAUGCAAUGGUUAAUUUUCUUAAAAUAAUCCUUGUUCAAUUAGUUCCUUUCUUUUAUGAUUUCUACACCAUUUGGGUAUCUGUCUUCGUCUAUGAUCAAUCUUGGAUUAAAAGGAAGAAAAAAAACUGUUUAUUGAUGAUCAUAAAAAAUGAAAUGUUUCUUUGAUUCAA